UGAUGUAGUUGAUUUGUAAAUGUCACUCAUCUCUAUCUUUUUUUAUAAAAAUAUUUAUCGGUAAUGUUAUGAAAUUAAGUACAAUACAUAUACAGAAUGUUUCGCAAAUUUAAAAAAUGUAGUACUUUCAAGUGCCUACCAACGCAGAUAUCUUCAAUGCGAAUCAACCUGAUUCAGUUUUCAACCAUAGCAAAAUUAUCGGCAAACUCAAAGCUUCAUAUGGUAAAAGAUGUCCCAUUAUCUGUUGUACCACAUCGUUCUCGCAUAUAUAGUGAACAAGACACAGAAAAACAAUUAAAAAGGCCGUGGCUGCCGAGUCCAUAUAGAAAUGUGGGGAGCAUUUUUAAUAAAUAUAAAAAACUUUCUAAGUUUCGCUUGACAUCGUUAGUUGUAAUAACAACAAUGGGAGGCUAUGCAAUGGCACCUGCCGGUUUUGAUGCAACCUCAUUUAUUAUGUGCACUGUAGGAACUGGUUUGGUUUCAGCAGCGGCGAAUGCAGUCAAUCAGUAUCACGAAGUUCCAUUUGAUUCACAAAUGUCUAGAACAAAAAACCGUGUUCUGGUUACUGGCGAAAUAACCCCACUGCAUGCAGUUAGUUUCGCAGUACUAUCAGCUACAACAGGAUUAAGUUUGUUGUAUUUUGGAGUUAAUGGUCUUACAGCUGCCUUGGGUGCUGGAAAUCUCUUUCUUUACACAUCUAUCUACACGCCUAUGAAACGCAUGAGUAUUGCUAACACAUGGAUUGGAUCAAUUGUGGGGGCAAUACCUCCACUAAUGGGAUGGUCUGGUUGUACAGGAACUUUAGAUACAGGUGCUAUGGUUCUUGCAGGAAUUCUAUACGCCUGGCAGUUUCCGCAUUUUAAUGCCCUAUCAUGGAAUCUACGCCCAGAUUAUUCACGAGCCGGUUAUCGUAUGAUGGCUGUUAUUAAUCCAGACCUGUGCCGUCGCACUGCAUUGCGCUAUGCCUCCGCUAUUUGUGGACUGAGCUUGGUAGCUCCAAUUGUUGACAUUACUAAUUAUUGGUUUGCAUUGGAAACAUUACCAUUAAACGCAUACUUUUGUUAUCUAGCGUAUAAAUUUUAUCACAAAUCUGAUAGUGGAAGUUCUCGUAAGUUAUUUAGGUUUUCAUUAAUACAUCUACCUGUUCUUAUGUUACUGUUCCUGGCCAACAAAAAAAAUUGGUAUUUUAAUGAUACUAAGGACGAUAAGCUACUGAAAAAUAACGAUACUUACGUAUCCAUCUCUCCGACACCGUCAUCAAGCACACUGCAAAAUGUAAUACCUGUUGCGGUAACAGUUGGUACCAGUUGAUCUUCCAGAAAACUUUUUAUUAUAUUAGAAUAUUGAAAUUUCUUAAGAUGUAAGUAGAACGUCGGUAUUUUAAUUUAAUAAGCCAAUAUUAAAAUAAAAACUGUUACCAACAUUAACGAGUUUUUAAAUGG